ACAUUUGGCAUUGUCACACAAAUGCUCUGACUAUUCUCAUCCAUUUGCAUAAUUUAAUUACAAAAUUCAUCAAUUGGCCUAUCAUUUAAAAAAAAAAAAAUCACUUGCAUAAUUUAAGAUUAUUAAUAUUUGAUUUAUCUUUCCUAUCUCUUUUGACUUCUUCAAUUCAACCACUGCAAAGUCUCUUCUAUUGUUUUUCUUAAUGGAAUAGCUAACAUAUAUAUAUAUAUAUUUGUGAAAUUUUGACUUUGUAAGCUCUAUGAUUUUAUCUUUAUAUUGCUAAUCUUCUAGAUUUUUUUUCCAUUUAAACAUUAAAUAAAUUACAUAACAAAACAGUCGUCUUUCCUUACGUAAUUCCCUCAUUUUAUUUAAUUUAACAGAAUUUAAACAAAAAAUUGUCUACUCUUAUUAAAAAAUUGGAUUCUUUUUUUAUUAAUAAGAUUAUUAUAAGUGGUAAAGGAUUAUGUAUCCCUUAAGUAAGAUUAAGUAUUCGAUCCUUGUAAAUAGAGAAAAUUAUUCUCGUAAUGGACCUCCUCGAAGUGAGUAAAUUUAAUUCAAUAAAUUAGGAGAUACUUGUAAUUUAUUAUUAUUAUUUUUUUCAUUCAACUUAAUUAUAUAAUAUGGCACAACUCUAAGAAUACUAUUAAAAUGGUAAUUGUUUUGAUCAUUGGAUGCCAAGUAAUAGCUAGACCAAGUAUUUUCUAAGAAAAUUUCUUCUAAUUAGGCACCAAUUAAUAAAAAGAAAUUGGAAUAAAGUUUGAAUUCAAUUUUAGUUUUCAUGGGGUUAACAAGGCAUAGGCCUUAAUGAUCUUUUAGUUUAUUAUUAUUAUUAUGUAAUUUAAAAAAUAAAAUUAUAUAAUAUAUUUUUUAAUCAUUAAAUUAUCUUUCAUUGUGAGGUUUCAUCGAGCGCGGGAAAAGGGCCCGUGUUGUUGCAGUCUUGCAGAUAUAGACCUCAAUCGCUGGUUUGACUGCCUUGUCCAUCUAAUACCCAAAGUACCCUUCAAACAAAACUUGAUAAUUGUUUAAAUAGUGUAAAACGGAGGGUAAAGUUGUCAUAAAAUAAAAUAAUUACCAGAUGAGAGACAUACUUGCCUAUAUGAAAGUGAACCCAAAUAAUAAAAUCAACUGUUCCUUUUAUUUAUUCUUUAAAAAAAUGAAAUGCUUGAUUUAUUCAAACUGCAUUGAGAAGAAGAUUUACAGAAAUGAUAUGAUAUUUUGCAGCCUGUAUUGAAGCUUCUACAAGGAAAUUAGAAAAUAAGCUUUCUUGUUGUGGUCAUGGAUACUUCAAAUAGUGUUUAAAUAUUAAUCAGCCUUUGAUGAGUUUGUUAAGCCUUCCUGAUCUUUAUAAUUUGUAUAUAUACAACACCUGUGUUAACAACUUCACAAAGCAAAAUAUUCCCUCACCUUCACAGCAAAUUGCAUACAUCCCUCUCUCUCUAUAUCUCUGCUGUAACAGAUGGCUUUCUUUAGGGCACUGCCUUUGCUAGCUUUGCUUCUUGCGUUGCUACCAGUGAUUGCUUUAGGAGAUGAUCCAUUAACUCCCUACAUUCAGGCAAUAUGUGAUGAAGUGGAAUGUGGGCAAGGAAAAUGCGUAGCAAAUAUACAAUAUCCAUUUGGGUACAUGUGCCAAUGUGAUCGUGGUUGGACCAGAACCACAAAUGAUGAUAUCAAUGAUAAUCUUACAUUUCUUCCUUGUGUCAUUCCAAACUGUACUCUCAACUAUGGUGGCUGCCAGCAGACAGUCCCUAAUCCACCUUCAGAGAAGCCUGUUCCUUGGAACGCAUCUGCCUUCGAUCCUUGCUAUUGGAUCUACUGUGGAGGAGGGAACUGCACAAGGAAUGCAACGUAUACCCACUUAUGCACAUGCCACUCUGGAUUCUCUAACCUUCUCAACGUCCCUUACUUCCCAUGCUAUAGCCAAUGUACCCUUGGUUCUGAUUGUGCUAGCCUUGGGAUUAAAGUUUCAAAUACGCAGGCAACAAAUAAUACUGCUGGUGGUUCUUCUGCUGCAGGGAAUCAUGGUAGCUCAAUUCUGCCAGGGAAGUUCCACUGGAUGAUCAUACUGUUCGCGUCUAUGCUUAUGGUUCUGCGCAUGUAAGAGUGAAACUGAGCCUCACCAGCCACUGUUUUCUCCAUGGUAGACUAAUUUUAUACUUAAAAAUAAAAUUUACUUGGUUUUGAUUAUUCUAUCGAUUCUUGUGUGUAUAUUCAGUUUGUACUGAAUAAAAAAUAGACCACAGAAGAGGGUGAUUUAUUUA